AUGGUAAAGAGAGAAUUUGGAAUGAUUCCUGGUGGAUUGAGUCUGAAGUACAGAAAGUACAUGGCAAUCACAAGUGCUGCUCUUCUCACAGCCAAAAAUGUUGAAGUACCCUUGGUCAAUGAUAAGGAAAUAGAUAGUAUUUAUGAAGAAACUGAUUAACUUCUUAAUAAGAACUUACAAAUUAUAUAUCAACAAGUAAAAUGAAUGAUAAAGAACUUAAGACUGAAGAAGCACCAGCCAGCCUUCUGCCAGGGCCUGCAGGGGCAAGCCUUCAGUCAGGCUUCAUACAGGUGACUUCAACUGAUAAAAAUAAGAUGAAACCAAAUAAGGACCCAGAGCAUGUUGCAGCUGGCAAAAAACUUGCUGAACACAAUGGAAGAGUUCGAGAGGAAAAGGAGAAGAAAGGAGGUUCAAAGGAUCCAAGCCCCAAGGGUGGGCCGUGGAGUGGCAAGAUUACAACCACAACCAGAACCAUCAUCAUCUUUCUCACUCACUCAAAUUCUUUUAGUAGCAAGUGUCAUUCUUUCACUGGCUGGACUGUAA